UAACCACCGAUCCGGAAUCCUCUAGGCUCCCCAGUCUCCUCCGCUCUACAAGCAAGCGCCACCGAGGCCGCCAUUCCCGGCCAGAUCCGAGCAGGAGGAGGAUGACGGGAGGCGCGGGUGCGGCGUCGCAGGCGUACGGGGAGGCGUGGUACUGGGACGAGCGCUACCGCAAGGAGGCCGGGCCCUUCGACUGGUACCAGAAGUACCCCGCGCUCACGCCGCUGCUCCGCCUCCACCUGGCCCCGCACCACCGGCUCCUCCUCGUCGGCUGCGGCAACUCCGUCUUUGGUGAAAACAUGGUUGAUGAUGGUUAUCAAGACAUUGUCAACAUUGAUAUAUCUUCGGUGGUAAUUGAACAGAUGAAGAAGAAAUACCGUGAUAAGCCUCAACUUAAAUAUAUGAAGAUGGAUGUUAAGAACAUGUCAGAUUUUGAAUCUGGUUCAUUUGAUGCUGUUAUUGACAAAGGAACGCUAGAUUCUAUUAUGUGUGGCCAAAAUUCACAAGAGAAUGCAACUAAGAUGCUAGAGGAGGCCAACAGAAUCCUCAAGGAGAAUGGUGUCUACAUUCUGAUCACUUAUGGGGAUCCUAGUUAUCGAUUGCGUCUCCUGAAGGACAUGCAACAUUGGACGAUAAAGCUUCAUGUCAUAGAGUUUAUUGCAGAUAGAUGGGAAAGAAGUUCCAAUGAGAAUAAAUGGGAACUGACAAAACCAUUGCCUUUAGAUGAUGAUAGCGCAUCAGUAGUUGGACUUCUUGGCCCAAAACCUGAUGUUCACUAUAUCUAUGUCUGUGUAAAGGGUAACGACGGUGCAAGGGUGGAUUCUAAGGCUGAAGCCAAGGAAGUACCAAACUGAUUUCACCAUAUAACCCUUUCGAAUCGCCGUGCAUAACCAGUGCAUAACCAGUGUAGCGAAUAAUGUAGGUCAGGCAUUGUAGCUGUGGUAGUUGUUCCUUCCUGAAUUCAUUUCGCUAUUGGCAGUUGUUUAGUACAGUUAUAUUAUAUGUUUUCAUGGUUCUUGUGAUUACCUCUUUGAUUACAACGUGUUGUAACCUACUGAACGUUCAUCAGAUUCCUGGCUAUCAAUCUGGGUUGAAUUUU